AUGAACCACAUAACCUCCCCAAACGAACCUUUCCUAAAGCCGGCCGCCCUCGACGCCGCGACGACCUCCCACACGCAAUCCCGCUUCCGCAUCUCGACCCGAAAGCUCCCCAUCUCCAAGGCCGGCCCUAUCGACGAAAUGACAGCCUCCCUCGGCAUCCCCGUCCCGGAGAUGAUCUUCGGCGACAACCUCGUCAGCAUAACCCACAUCCCCACGGGCUGGUCCAUCUCCUUCAACGCCUACGACGCCCUCGACGGCGUCGACAAGACGGACAAGAAGAUGCUCAAGGUCGCCUACGCCAAGGACUGGUCCUCCUCCCGCGAGAAGACCAGCGCCGGCAUCAAGGAGGUCGUCAAGCCCUACGACUGGUCCUACUCGACCGAGUACCGCGGCACGCUGGCGCAGGACGGCGCUGAGGGCAAGAAGCUGGAGGACACGCAGGAGAAGCAGAUUCCCCUCGAGCUGCUCAAGCGCCGCGAUCCGAUCCUCUUCUUCGACGAGGUCGUGCUGUUCGAGAGCGAGCUCGACGAUAACGGAAUCUCGAUUGUGAGCGUCAAGCUGCGCGUGCACGAGAAGAGGAUGCUGCUGCUGUGCCGGUUGUUCAUGAGGCUCGACAACGUCAUCGUGCGCAUUCGCGAUACGAGGGUCUAUGUGGAUUUCGAGACGGACGAGGUCAUUCGGGAGUACACGGCCAAGGAGGCCAGCUUCGAAAACGUCAAGAGGUCACUAUUCAUGGAGGGCCGGUUGCCAGAUGAUAUUGUCAUUGCCCUGCGCGACCCGAAUGUGCUCAUGAACCUAUUGCCCACCGUCGAGCGGGAAGUGCAGGCCGUUUCGCUCAGGAAAUGA